GAUUUAGUAUGUCAACGGAAAAUCCUGUACAGAAAACUGACAAUGCUUCUAGUGAUUCGGAUCAAUUUGAAAAUGAGGAAGGAAUUAAAAAGAGAACCCAUAAAUAUAACCUGACACCAGCAGAAAUUCAACGUCAACAAUUAGAAAAAUUGUUAAAAAGGGUGGAUAAACCUGUUAAUAUUCCUGAAAUGGUAGAUAAGCCAAAAUUAAAACCUCCAAAAGAUAUUGUUAGAAAUGUACAAGGAUCUAGUGCUGGUGCGGGUAGCGGCGAAUUUCACGUUUAUAGAGCUCAUCGACGUAGAGAAUAUACAAGACUGAAGGUCAUGGAGGAAGAAACAAAGAAGGAGGAAGAAAAACGAGAGUUUGAAGCAAAGACGGCGGAAAUUAAAACACAAGAAGAAAAGAGAACAGCAAAAAGGAGAGAAAAACGACAAAAGAAGAAACAAAAGAAAAGGCAAAAUACUAAAAGGACAAAAACUGAAGAGAUUAACAAAGACAAACAAAUUGAAACAAAUGAUAAUAAUAAGAAUAUAGAGUCAAAAAACGAAUCUUCAGAUUCGGAUUCAAAUAAUGAAGAAUGAUAUUAAAUCCUGUGAUUCAAAAACAAAAUGACUGUCGUGAAAGAUCAGACGAAUUUAUAUCUUUCAUAAAAUAGUUAAAUAUGGACUGUUAUCCAAAAUUUGAAGAAAAAAUUAUUUCUAAAAUUUAGGUCUUCUCUUUCUUCCUGUGUAUUUAGAAUCAAACGGUACAUCUUUUUUCCCACGCGUACGAGCAACUUCUUUUUUAUGCAAAACCCAAUCCCUAUUUUUGACCGAUUUACGUUGUUUUCCCUUUUGUCGUUCACGAAUUCUUAAAGAUGUAUUAAUAUACAUUUUUGAUUAGAUCAUCAUUGAGGAUUAAUUAUAAAUUUCAAAUAAAAUAAAUUUAUUUACAAACCUUUGAUU